UUUUGACAAGUUUUGUUAUAUUUACUUACAGGACAAUCAAUUAUAUAUAAUAAUGACGUCAUCAUCGGUACAUUUAUUUUCCGUCCUUCACUUUUGUCCGCCAUUUUUGUCCUCGCCCAUGUGCCAUUACAUCUUAUUACGCCGCCAUUUUCAUCCUCAACCAAUUUUUUUUUUCUUUUAUUCCAGCCAUCAUGUACUUGUACAAUUUGACCCUGCAAAAGGCUUCGGCCAUCACCCACGCCGUGCACGGUAACUUUUCCGGCCAGAAAACCCAAGAAAUCGUCAUCGCUCGCGGCAAAAGCAUCGAACUUUUACGUCCCGACCAAAACACCGGAAAAAUCCACACACUUUUGGCAAUCGAAAUUUUCGGAGUGGUACGAUCUAUGAUGGCGUUUAGAUUGACUGGCAGUACCAAGGAUUAUGUUGUACUAGGCUCGGACAGUGGCAGGAUUGUUAUUUUGGAAUAUUUGCCGCAAAAGAAUGUUUUUGAAAAGGUGCAUCAAGAAACGUUUGGCAAAAGUGGUUGUAGGAGGAUUGUGCCAGGGCAGUAUUUGGCUACUGAUCCUAGAGGCAGGGCCGUAAUGGUUGGAGCGGUUGAAAAGCAAAAACUUGCUUAUAUUUUGAAUAGGGAUGAGCAGGCACGCUUAACAAUUUCUUCCCCUUUAGAAGCACAUAAGAGUAAUACUUUAGUAUAUCACAUGGUUGGAGUAGAUGUUGGCUAUGAUAAUCCUUGCUUUGCCUGUUUGGAGAUUGACUAUGAGGAAAGCGAUCUUGAUCCUAGUGGGGAGGCGGCUCAAAAGACUCAGCAAACUUUGACGUUUUACGAAUUGGAUUUAGGUGUCAACCAUGUUGUCAGAAAGUAUUCUGAGCCACUAGAAGAGCAUGCAAAUUUUUUGAUUAGUGUGCCAGGAGGUGAUGACGGGCCAAGUGGGGUGUUAAUUUGCUCAGAAAACUACUUGACAUAUAAAAACUCGGGCGAUCAACAUGACAUUAGAUGUCCAAUUCCUAGAAGGAGGAAUGACUUAGAUGACCCUGAAAGAGGGAUGAUUUUUGUUUGUUCGGCAACUCACAAAACUAAGUCGAUGUUUUUUUUUUUGGCUCAGACUGAACAAGGUGAUAUUUUCAAAAUCACCCUUGAAACUGAUGGGGGGAUGGUGACUGAAAUUAAGCUGAAAUAUUUCGAUACAGUUGCGGUUGCAAUUGCAAUGUCAGUACUGAAAACUGGUUUUUUGUUUGUGGCUUCCGAGUUUGGGAAUCAUUAUUUGUAUCAGAUUGCUCAUUUAGGUGAUGAUGAUGAUGAGUUGGAGUUUAGCAGUGCAAUGCCUCUAGAGGAGGGAGACACGUUUUUCUUUGCCCCAAGGGCUUUGAGGAAUUUAGUAAUGGUGGAUGAAGUUGAAAGCCUUUCUCCAAUAUUAUCGGCUAAAGUGGCUGAUUUGGCUAAUGAAGAUACGCCACAAUUGUAUAUGUUGUGUGGCCGAGGUCCCAGAUCAAGCCUUAGAGUUUUGAGGCACGGAUUAGAAGUGUCAGAAAUGGCUGUGUCAGGUCUUCCUUCUAAUCCUAUUGCCGUUUGGACUGUCAAACGUAAAAACGAAGACGAAUUUGAUGCCUUUAUUAUUGUCUCCUUUGUAAACGCUACUUUAGUACUGUCAAUUGGAGAAACUGUUGAAGAAGUACACGAUAGUGGAUUUCAAGGGAUUACGCCUACUUUGGCAUGUUGCGCGUUGGCAGAUGAUGCCUUAGUGCAAGUUUACCCAGACGGUAUUAGGCACAUUUGCGCUGACAAAAGAGUAAACGAAUGGAAAGCUGGCAAAAAGGCGAUAAUCAAGUGUGCAGUCAAUCAACGUCAAGUUGUAAUUGCCUUGGCAGGAGGUGAACUUGUCUAUUUUGAAAUGGACCCUAAAGGUACCUUGCACGAAUACAAAGAACGCAAACGAAUGCCUUGUGAAGUUUUAUGUAUGGCAUUGGCAACAGUGCCUAAUAACGAGCUAAGAGCAUGGUUUCUUGCCGUUGGUUUAUCAGAUGGUACAGUGAGGAUUUUUAGUUUGGACCCUGCAGAUUGCUUAGCACCCCGUGCUUUACAGCCGUUGCCAAAUUGUGCCGAAAGUCUUUGCGUCGCAGACAUGGGCGGUACCAAAGAUAGUACUUUAUAUUUGUACAUUGGCUUGCAAAAUGGGGCCUUAUUGCGCACAGUCCUUGACCCUCUUACAGGCGAACUGUCAGAUACGCGUACAAGAUAUUUAGGUUCUAGACCGGUAAAAUUGUUUAAAAUUAAAAUGCAACAAAGCGAAGCAGUUUUGGCAAUGAGUAGUAGGUCUUGGUUGAGCUACUAUUAUCAGUCAAGGUUUUACUUAACCCCCCUAUCAUACGAAAGUUUGGAAUAUGCUUCAGGCUUUAGCUCGGAACAAUGUCCCGAAGGCAUUGUUGCCAUAAGUACAAACAAAUUAAGAAUCCUAGCCCUGGAAAAACUCGGGGCAGUUUUCAACCAAGUCUCCUUCCCACUAGAAUACACCCCAAGAAAAUUCAAUAUUCAUCCCGAAACAAAAAACCUAAUAAUCCUAGAAACCGAGCAUAACGCCUAUACAGAAUCCACAAAAAUCCAACGCAAAUUGCAAAUGGCCGAAGAAAUGAAGGAAGCUGCAAACGAAGAUGAUUCAGAAUUGGCCCGCGAGAUGGCAGAAGCAUUUUUAAGUGAAGACUUACCUGAACAAACUUUCUCUUCACCUAAAGCAGGCCAUGGAAUGUGGGCCUCCCAAUUAAAACUCAUGGACCCUUUAACAGGAACAAUCUACAAAAAACUAGCCUUUACCCAAAACGAAGCGGCAAUGAGUUUGACUUUGUGCAAAUUCCACGGACAACCAGAACAUCAAUGGUUCCUGGUCAUAGGAAUCUCCAAAGACUUCCAACUCAACCCAAGAUUAUGCCACAAAGGUUUUUUGGACACAUACAAACUCGAUCCAAUGUGUCGCGAUUUAGCCCUAGUCCAUCGCACACCUGUUGACGAAGUCCCUACAGCCUUAUGCGCAUACAACGGCCGCCUUUUAGUAGGCGUAGGCCGUAUGUUGCGCCUAUACGAUUUAGGAAAAAAGAAGCUUCUGCGCAAAUGCGAAAACAAACACAUCCCUAACGGAAUUGUCAGUAUUCAAGCCAUUGGUAAAAGAAUCUAUUGCGCAGACAUCCAAGAAUCAGUCUUCAUGGUCAGAUACAAACGAGCCGAAAACCAACUAAUAAUAUUCGCAGAUGACACGCAUCCAAAAUGGAUUUCAGCCACUUGUAUUCUUGACUAUGACUCAAUUGCAACAGCGGACAAGUUUGGCAACGUCUCAAUUUUGCGCCUCCCGUCAAACGUCACCGAUGACGUCGAAGAAGACCCAACAGGCAACAAGGCCUUAUGGGACAGAGGCCUCUUAAACGGUGCAUCCCAAAAGGCAGGCACUGUUGCCACAUUCCACAUCGGCGAAACUGUUACAAUGUUGCAAAAAACCACCCUAAUACCUGGCGGCAGUGAGUCUCUAAUCUAUGCCACCUUAAGCGGUACUAUUGGAGUUUUGGUUCCAUUUACGUCUCACGAUGAUCAUGACUUUUUUCAACAUUUAGAAAUGCACAUGCGCAGCGAAAAUGCGCCGCUAGGCGGCCGCGAUCACUUGUCCUACAGGAGUUAUUAUUUCCCGGUCAAAAACGUCAUCGAUGGUGAUUUGUGUGAGCAGUACAACGCGUUGGAGCCGCAAAAGCAGCGCAGCAUCGCGCAGGAUUUGGACAAAACCGCCGCGGAGGUGUCCAAAAAGUUGGAAGAUGUCAGGACGCGGUACGCGUUUUAAGGUUAGGAUUAGGGACUAUUUUUAGGUUAGGAUUAGGGAUUUUUUUUUGUCUGAAUUUAAUAAUUAAAUAAACAAAUUGCCAUUGUUUUUUUUUUAAUUCCCAUAUAUCAAGUUUAUGUUGUAAAUGAAUACAAAGAUUACAGGUUUCUGUAAUGGCAGUAAUAUUUUUCAAAUAGUCUUGACUUUGAUUUGAUAGAUGGCGCUCAAGAGGUUGGCCACAAAAUGGCGGCGCUUUCAUAUUAAUAUAUAGGAUUUUAAAGAAACAAUCAAAAAGAAGACGGCAAUUGUCGCCAUUAUGGUAAUAGUCACUGUAUGUUUAAUUUCGGCCACUCCUUGAUAGAUGGCGCUAGUAAAAAUCAAUUGAUUUUUUUUGUUACAGGAAUCUGCAAUUUCUUGAAAAUUUUAUACAAAUGUAAAUGCUAAUUAGUUGAUUCCAAUGUAAUCAUAUUUAACAAUAAAUAAACAUUAUUUGUUUAUAAAUACAUUUAAUUAUUAUUACAGGAAUCUGUAAUUUACACUUUU